AUGGAGGCAAAUGAGAAACGAGCAGAGAACAAUCCUGCUCAGACAUUGGAGCAAUUGAAAGACACAGACAUCCGUGCUGUGACAGGCAGUGGCGCCUACAAUGAAGCCAUCAUACAGGAACCUCCAACCCUAGCCCAUCCAACUACCCUUCUGUUAUUCGCGUGCCUCAUGGUUGGCUUCUUCUGCCAAACGAUGAACGGUUUCGAUGGCUCCCUCUUCAGUGGUCUCCUCGCCAACACCAUCUUCCUUGACCAUUUUCAACGGCCAGAAAAUGCCAGGGAUCUGGGCUGGUCUCGUCUCUGCAAUGUACCAGAUUGGCGGCGUCUGUGCGCUUCCCAUUUGUCGGCCCUGCCAUCGACCACUUGGGGCCGUCGGGUCGGAAUGUUCCUGGGGAGUUUCUUAAUCGUCUUGGGAACCCAUCCAUACCGCGGUGUUGUGACCGGGUACUGCAAUACCUUCUGGUUUAUCGGUUCGAUUCUAUCGUCUGGCUCAGUCCGCGGUUCUAUCACCCUCGACAACAACAACUCGUGGCAGAUUCCUGUUUGGUUGCAGUUGGUCUUCGCGGGCCUGAUCAUUCUUUCCUGUUGGAUGAUUCCUGAAUCUCCCCGUUGGCUAUAUGUUCACGGGAAGAAAGAGAAGGCAAUCGAUAUCAUGACGAAAUGGCACGGCUAUGGAGACCGCGACUCUCUGUGGGUCAAACUGCAGAUCUCGGAGUACGAGGCUCAUUUGAACAUGGAUGGAUCUGACAAGCGGUUUUGGGAUUACCGAAGCCUGUUCAAUCGUCGAAGCAGUAUCUAUCGUCUUGCCUGCAACUGUGUAUUUGUUAUUUUUGCUCAGUGGGCAGGAAAUGGGGUCCUAACGUACUAUCUGGUCCCAGCCUUGAAUGGCGCUGGCUUCACAUCGGACGUGACGCAAGCGAACAUCAACCUGGGCUAUUCUUGCUUCCAGUUUUUCUUCGCCCUUUGUGGUGCUGCCUUCAUCGAUAAGCUUGGACGCCGUCCGUUAAUGUUGUCUGGUAUGGCAGGAUGCUGUGUUGUUUGGAUCGCAGUCUUGGCUGCCUCCAGCCAGGUCCGCGAUGCCAAUGGCAACCUCAAUGACGCCGCGUCUAAAGCGACACUCGCCUUUAUCUUCAUCUUUGGCGGCGUCUUCUCGUUUUGCAUAACGCCCCUGCAGGCCCUGUACCCUGUGGAGGUGCUAUCCUACGAAAUGCGCGCGAAAGGUAUGGCAUUCUCCUCGCUCGCUGUCAACGCUGCUGGUCUACUUAACCAGUUCGCGUGGCCGGUCUCUCUCGACGACAUCGGUUGGAAAACCUACAUCGUGUUCGUUGUCUGGGAUGCUAUCCAAUUUACUGUUAUGUACUUCUUUCUUCCGGAAACCAAAAACAGAACGCUCGAGGAGCUUGACCAGAUUUUCGAAGCGCGCAAUCCCGUCAAAGCGUCCAAGAAAGCUACCACCAUUGCAGUGGACCACAGCAACAAUGUGGUAGCUGUGAAAGACGAGGCGUAA